AUGUCGAGCAACGAGGAAAAAGCCAUCGCCCUGUUAACCGAAGCGGACAAGAAACUCAACUCGUCAAAAGGACUGUUUUCCUCGUUAUUCGGGAAUGUUUCUAAGGUAGAAGAUGCAAUUGAUUGCUAUCAACGUGCUGCAAAUUUAUUUAAGAUGGCAAAAAAAUGGUCACAAGCUGGUAGAGCAUUUAUUUUGGCUGCUGAUCUCAACUCUAAAUCUGGCCGUAAACAUGAUGCUGCUACAAAUUAUGUAGACUCUGCAAACUGCUUUAAAAAAACUGAUCCAAAUGAAGCUGCAUCAUGUCUGGAAAAAGCUAUUGACAUCUAUACUGAUAUGGGUCGUUUUACGAUGGCUGCGAAACAACAUCAAAAUAUAGCGGAAAUGUAUGAAACUGAAGCUGUUGAUCUAGAACGUGCUAUAACCAACUAUGAAAAGGCCUCAGAUUAUUUUAUGGCCGAAGAAAGCAAGAGUUCAGCUAACAAAUGCAAACUUAAGGUGGCACAGUAUGCUGCACAACUGGAAGACUAUGACCGAGCCAUUCAGAUAUACGAAGAGGUUGCUGGGACAUCAUUGGACAGUUCUUUGUUGAAGUACAGCGCAAAAGAAUAUUACUUCCGAGCAGCUUUGUGUCAUUUGUGUGUCGAUGUGCUUAAUGCUCAACUGGCCAUGAAUCAAUACACUGAACGAUACCCGGCAUUCCAAGAUAGUAGAGAAUACAAAUUACUGCAGGUGUUGUUAAACCACAUUCAAGAGCAAAAUGCUGAUGGUUUUACUGAAGCUGUUAAAGAUUACGAUUCCAUAUCACGGUUGGACCAAUGGUACACUACAAUACUAUUGCGCAUCAAGAAACUGGUAAAUGACACUCCAGAUUUGCGUUAA